AUGCGUCAAUCCAUCACCUCGCUGGCUCUGGCUCUCGCCGGGACCGCUCUUGCGGUCCCGGAGAAGCUGGACGGCGACCACCUGUACUCCUCGCGUCUCUCCAAGCGUGGUAUUGAUGCGCAGGGUAACUUCAACAUGUCCUUCUUCCACGUCAACGAUGUUCACGCUCAUCUUGACGAGUACUCCUCCUCCGGCACCGACUGUACUCGCCCGGAGCGUGGUUGCUACGGUGGCUACGCCCGCAUCAAGCACACCAUUGAUGAGCUCCGCCCUCAGUACAACGACUCGCUGUGGCUCAAUGCCGGCGAUGAGUUCCAGGGCACGCUCUUCUACUCCUUCUACAAGGGCGAGAAGAUCGCCGAAACGAUCAACCAGCUCGGCUUUGAUGCCAUGACCCUCGGAAACCACGAGUUCGACGGCGGCGACGACGAGCUCGGCGACUUCUUGCAGAACCUCACGUUCCCCAUUGUCUCGGCAAACAUUGUCUCUGACAACGCGAAGCUCAACAAGACCAUCAAGCCCUAUCACAUCUUCGAGAAGCAACAGCUUGCCGUCAUUGGUGUCACCACCACCACCACCCCCGGCAUUUCCUCCCCUGGUGAGGGUACCAAGUUCCUGGAUGUUGUCACCUCGGUGCAGUCCACUAUCAACCACAUCAAGUCUACCACCAACAUCACCCGCAUUGCUGCGCUUACCCACAUCGGAUAUGAGGAGGACCAGAAGCUUGCCGAGCAGACCACUGGCCUUUACCUCAUCAUGGGUGGUCACUCUCACACUCUUCUCGGCUCUAUGGAGGACGCCGAGGGCCCGUACCCUACCAUUAAGAAGAACAAGGAUGGCGACGACGUCUUCAUCGUCACUGCUUACCGCUGGGGCGAGUACGUCGGAUACAUUGAUGUCACUUACGAUAAGGAGGGCAAGAUCCUCGCUUACCACGGCGGCCCGAUCCACCUCACCAACACCACCAAGCAGGACCCCGAGCUGCAGGCGCAGAUUGAGUCGUGGCGCGGUCCCUUUGAGGCUUUUGCCGCCGAGGUCGUCGGUGUGACCAACGUCGAGCUCGACCAGACCCGCUGCCAACGGGAGGAGUGCCUCCUCGGCAACGUCAUGGCGGACGCCAUGUACGAGUACCGCCUCAACAACUCCGAGUCCGCUAAGCCCGACUUCGCCCUCAUCAACGCUGGCGGUAUCCGCGCGACCAUCGACGAGGGUAACAUCACCCGCGGCGAGGUUCUCACUUCUUUCCCCUUCGGCAACUCCAUUGUUGAGAUCGCCUACAAGGGCUCUGACCUGCGCAAGGUGCUCGAGGGCGCCGUAACCAAGGUCAACCAGUUCAACAACCAGCCCAUCACCUCCUUCUUCCAGGUCUCCAAGAACAUCGUCAUCGAGUACAACCCCUCCGGCAACAACGGCUCCAAGCUUGUGUCCGUUGAGGUCGGUGGCGAGGCCCUGAGCGACGACAAGGACUACCGCGUUGUCACUCUCGACUUCCUUGCCGGCGGCGGUGACAACAUCUUCGUUGCUACCACUGACUUCGUCUCUCUCGACACCCAAGAUGAGGUCCUCGUUCAGUACGUCCAGGCCAAGAGCCCUAUUGAUGCCAAGGUCGAGGGCCGCAUUGUCCAGAGCAACGGCACCUCUGCCUCCCCUUCCGGAACUACUACCGGUACCGCUGCUCCCGGAGCUACCCAGACUGGCCAGAGCGGCGCUAGCAUGGUCUCCGUCAGCAUUGGCGCGCUGGCCGUGUGCCUGUUUGCCCUCGUGAUGUAA